UUAACCGCCACAUCUGAUCAUUUAAAACAAAUCUGCUCAUUGGAGAGACAGAAAUUCAAUCUCAAACCAAGCUCUCUUACCCCAGAGCGGUGUCAUAUUCUAAGUUCCCUGCUAACUUUAUCAAUAAUGCGGCAUGAAUCGCCAGGAGGGCGCCAAGGGAGUCAUCUUGACCGGGUAUUUUAGCAACAGUGAAGUUCUACCGCCCAACUCCGGUGUCAGUAGUGCGGACGAGAUCGGGUCUUCAUCGCUGAGCCGCAGGACAGGUCAAUACAGUGUCCAGGCCCGGGCCAAAAAUGCCUCAGGAAAGCCCCCAUACAACCGCUCUAACUCCCAGGACUCGCUGGAUGAGCUGGCCAUGGAUGACUACUGGAAGGAGGUGGAACACAUCACCCUUAGCGGAGAGGGAGAGCAGCUGGAGGAGGUGCAGCUGAAGGUGCCUGAUGAGGGGGAGCAGGAGGAGGCUUGGUUGAAGGAGGCGGGGCUGGAAACUCUGUUUGACAAGUCAGCGACAGACCCUGAGGACAUCAUGGUGCUGUUAUCGACGCUGACGCGCACGCAGGCGGCCGCCGUGGAGAAACGUGUGGAGACUCUGCACCAGACCCUCAGGAAGCGCAACAAGCAGCACCACGUACCUGAUGUCAGGGACAUUUUCAAACUCCCAGAUGGGGGGGGGUCAAAGGAGGAGGAAGCAGUUUCUACAGAGAGAAGUGAAAACAGAAAAAGAGAGAUUACAAAAGAUGGUCAGGCGCUGGAGCCCGCUGUGCAGCCUGAAACAGAGACAGACAUCAACCUAGAGGUGUCCUUCUCUGAUCAGGCGCUACGCUACAAGGAGGGUUCAAAGAGCAGUGGCGAGGCUGUGACUGAAGCAGACGACAAGCUACCUAACUUCAAACUGAGCCGAGACAAGACUGGGUUGACCAAGGUGGGAGACCUGUCCCCUCAGGACAUGAAGAAGGUGCACCGCUUGGUACUGAUAGAGAUGACCGCUUUGUUCGACACGGCAGGCAUUGACCUCAAGACCCAUAAAGCAGUCAAACUCAAGGUCAAAGAGUCGGGCCUGUUCGGGGUUCCUUUGGUCACCCUGUUGGAACAGGACCAGAGGAGACAGCCAGGGACCAAGGUACCAUUCAUACUGCAGAGGAUCAUCUCACGCAUAGAGGAAGAGGGUCUCGAAACCGAGGGUCUUCUACGGAUACCGGGAGCAACCACAAGAGUCAAGACGGUUUGUGAAGAGUUGGAAGGGAAGUUCUAUGAGGGCCUGUUCUCUUGGGAGAGUCUGAAGCAGCACGAUGCAGCCAGCCUGCUCAAGCUCUUCAUCAGGGAGCUACCUCACCCUCUGCUUACUGUGGAAUACCUCAGCGCCUUCAUUGCAGUGCUCAAAUUGCCUACUAAGAAGCAACAGUUGCAGGCUCUCAACUUGCUGGUUCUGCUACUUCCGGAGUCCAGCCGUGACACCCUGAAGGCGCUGAUGGAAUUCUUUCAGAGGGUCAUAGACCACAAGGAGCAGAACAAGAUGACCUUGAACAAUGUUGCUGUGGUGAUGGCUCCAAACAUCUUCAUGUUUAAAGGCUUCCGUAACAAGAUCAGCAAGCAGCAGGAAUUCUCAAUGGCCACAGAGACCGCUAACAUUGUCCGACUGCUUAUCAGAUACCAAAACUUGCUCUGGACGAUUCCUAAAUUUAUAAUGAACCAAGUCAGGAAACAGAACACGGAGAACCAGAAGAAAAUGAGCAAAGACCGCGCCAUGAGGAAACUUUUGAAGAAGAUGGCAUACGAGAAACAUGAAAAACCGGAGAAAGCCCCCACAGAGGCAUGUGGCAGUUCUCAGGGCUUCAUCAGGGUCCAGGCCCCUCAGUUCUCCAAAGUGUCCAUGGCCGUCCAGCUCACUGAGGACCUGCAGGCAUGUGAUGUCCUCACGCGCUUCCUCAGCCAGGACAGCUCUUUGUCGGUGAAAAGAGAGGAUCUGUGCCUUUAUGAAAUAGGAGGAAACAUCAAGGAGCGCUGCCUGGAUGAGGAGACCUAUAUGAAAGACCUGUUGGAGCUAAACCCCAGUGCUGAGUGGUUCAUCAAGUGUGUCCUCAGAUAACAUCGGACAGCUCUAACCCAGCCAGCCCCGUCUUAAAGGAGAAUGGAUGGAAAAAGGAAACAUCAGCUAACUGUUCACCAUGGAAUGCGAUCAGUGGAAAACUGGAGCCCAGGGACAGGUAUAACAGGUGUUUUCGAACAUGGUCAGGUAGAUGAGGGCUCUUCUUUGAUGCCUGGUGAUGUGUCCAAUCUCUGGGUACUACACUGCAUAGGAUAAAGCCUGAUUGACAUACAUGAUACGGAUGUCCAACUGUCUAUACUUCCAGUUUGUCAAUUAUGACUGAGAGCCACUGAACAAUAAACUCUGUUGAUGAUAACGAUAAGAGCAACUAACUGUACCGACAAGGUUCUGGACUAUGGACUUGGUUUAGUGUAAUGAUCAUUUCAGUAAAUGGCCAAAAACCAAGAAAAUAAAAACUGUUGGGAAGAUGUUUGUCAGACAGUGACAAUGUUUUUACAUUCAAAUCUAGACAUGUAAGCUCUAAGUUAAACACUAACAUAAUUUGCUUUGCUCUGUAGCUAAUUCUUCUCUUGUAAAUCCUCAUAAAUGUAAUGUGUGCCUCCUCUAACUUCAUGGGUUGGGGUUGACUAUUUUAAUUCCAGUUCAUUUGGGAAGUACAGAGACAGUUUUGUUUUUAUUCUGCAAAAAUCCUUAAUUGUUUUUGUAUAAAAUGUUUCCAAUAUUUCAUGGUCUCUAAUGUAUAGUUAUAACCUUACCUAAUUUCAAAGACACAGAACAGUCUUGGGAGAAAAUUCAGACGUAUGUCCUCCAUUUGAACUGGUCCCACUAGCCAUGCUGUUUCUUAUCACACUGAUGCCUUUUCCAAAAAGGUAAACUUGCAGACAACUAAACCGCCACAAAUCAUUUCUGGUGGGUCGGGUGACUGGAAGACGCCAGGCUAUGACGCCCCUGGCUAUGACAUUCCACCUGGGAGGCCAUUGAAAUUCCAAUUUGGUUUUCAUUCUGAAUUGACUGGAAUCAAAAGGAUAUGAACCCUGGUGUUCUAUUCUUCUGUUUAAGUAAUAUUCAUUGACUCACUCAGUUUCACCCAAAUACCGUCCAGCAGUGUCUGUAAUUUGCGAAGUCAGUGCUUGAUAUUGCAGAAUGACAGUACAAUACAAUUCCUCUAAGCUACUUUAAAUUCACUGUCAAAUCAAGUAUUAGUAUGAGUUGAAGUGAUAGGCACUAAAUCUAAAAGGUGUUUUCGCCCCAUUUUGCUAAAAGGCACUUAUUUUUAGGGUCCCUCCAUUGUAUAAUCCCUUCAUACUUCUGUCUGUUUCAUGCAGAACAUAUGUUGACAGAAUAUGACAGUGGACAGUGGAUGAGACAGGUAAUGAGAAUCAAAGAGAUCAUGUUAUGCAGAAUGAGAUACAGUACAGGGAGAAACCAUUAUUGUGAAAAACAUUUUCAUCAUGGCAAGGAAAUAACACAAAACUAACUAUUUGGAAAGCAGCCCUAAUGUAAGAAACAAACAUCAUUAUCAUCUGGAGUCACAUUCACUUAACUUUCCAACCUCAUUAUUUACUUAUGUAAUUACAUUAGUAAAUAAGGCGUGAAUAUAUAUAAAGUACCACGGCUUUUAGCCAAUCAGAUUUCAGGGUUUAAACCAUCCGGUUUAUUAUUCAUUAGAUUAUAUUGUUAUUGUGUUAUUAUAGCAUGCAAUUUCAUUUGUAUGCUAUUAUGCUAUUAAACUUGCAUGUUGUCUGUGCAUUAUUAAAUAGUGAACCAUGACUGAUCAAAAACAUUUUCCUGUGACUGAUCAAAAUCAAGAUCUGUAUUUCUCACUACCGGAGUAUCUUCAUAAUAUUGUGGUGUGAGGACCCUGGUAAUUCCUAGACUUACAGUAUGUGCACAGAUUCUAAAGGAUAGAAGAGUUUGGUUUGUGUUUUAAUUUCUUAGCUUCAUUUGUUUUUCAGACCACCUGUUCUAAACACUUUGGUCCUGUGGUCACGUUUCAGUUUACUUCCUGAAAUUAUUUUAAUGUAUUUGGUUGCACCAAUGUGGUCUCAAGAUGUGGUUCCUUAGUUUGCAUUUUUCUGGUCAGUUCCUGGUGAUAACGAACGUGUUCUCAAAAGGUACUUUUGGUACUUUCAAUUGAGAAUAACAUUUUGAAUAAUGCAAUAUAUGUCCAAACAUAAAAAUGUAGAAUGUAAAAAUUCUAGAUGACUGCACUGUAUGACAUGUCUUAAACUGUGGGAUAUUUCUAAGUUUACACAAUCCUUCGUGUUGUGCGUUAUACUGUGAAUAUGGUUCCAAAUAUUUUUUGUAAAAAACGAAUGUUUUGUAAAUAAAUACGUUAUUGUUCCAA